AUGCCUGCCAGUUUGGAGAAGGUGGCCGUGGCCGCCAAGGCGACGGCAGCCACCGAUGUGGAGCAAUGCGUGUCCUCCCCUGCCGCCGUGACGUCGUCGUCGCCGUCAUCGGCUGCCAGUUCGGUGGAGGCCUUUGCCGGCCACAGCGAGGAGAACGUGCUGUUCGACUUGCCUGACCUUCUGCUGGACCUGAGCAACGGCCUCUGCUGGUCACCAAUCUGGGCGGCGGCUCCCGCGGCGGCGGAAGAGUACGACGGCGGCGACAGCCUGCACGAGCCGCUUCUGUGGGCCGACGACGAUCAGUGCUGGAUAAUGGAUGCCGCAGCGCCGGUGCAGCCGGACUAGCCAUCCAUUCGGAGGCGCUGGCCGGCCGUCACCGGCCGGUGGUUGGCUGGCUGGCUGGCUGCAACAGACGACUGAUACCACGUGCUUUUGCUUCGCGUGCACUGUGCAGACUGCGGAGAGAAACGAGCGCAUGGCCGCGGCCGUGGGCGCUUCUGGGGUCGCUGUCUGUGAUCUCCGGAUGGCAAGUCAUUGUAGGGUGCGGUGAAACAGUGGUUAGGCAUCGAAAUGAUUGGCGAAAGAAUAAUUUCGGGAGUGUCGAUAUGUAAAGAAUCAAUUCGUGAGUGUCAAUAUGUCACUGCAACAGAAGCACUUCAUUUACUCGAGUACCUGCUUUCUUUUGAUACUACGUACUCCGUAUUGUAAUGUCGAAAAUGUGUUAUAUGCAAUGAUCUUCGUUCUUGCGGUGUCUGCA